AUGACUUUUAACGUUCGAGCAGCCGAUAUAUUGAGAAAAGACGAUAUAUUUAUGACUCGAAUAAGAUCCUUGUUAAAAUCAGAUCAAGAAGCUGUAUCAAAAUGUGCCGAAGGUAUUAUAUGGAAAUUGGAAAAAGAAGCAGAAUUUAUGGCCAAAGAACAAGAAAAAAUUGUUCAACAACAACAAAUACUAACCGAAGAUAUUCAAACUGAUACACAUGUUACACUUAGACGAGCAUCAUUGUUAGUACAAGAGAUAGUAGAAGUAGAACCAGCAAAAAAUCGUUACGAUAUAAUGAUGAGUUAUUCUCACAGUGAUAAAGAGCUGUGCUAUAAAAUUCAUGAACGUUUAUUGAUGGAUAAAUUUCAUGUAUGGAUUGAUUUAGAAAAUAUGUUUGGUUCGACAAUGUCAGCAAUGGCUUCAGCUAUAGAAAACUCAGAAUUUGUUUUGGUCUGUAUGUCAGAUUUUUAUAAACAAAGUUCCUAUUGUCAAGUAGAAGCCGAAUAUGCAUUUAAACGUCAACGAAACUUGAUUCCUUUAAUAAUGAGAGAAAAAUAUCGACCUGACGGUUGGCUUGGGAUACUCUCUGCUAGUAAAAUGUACAUUGACUUUACAAAAACUGAUUUUGAUACAGCAUAUGACAAGCUUAUAAUCGAAAUUCGUCGUUAUCGUUCACAACAACCGUCAAUCACAAAACAAAGUUAUAUUGAACACCAUGAUAUACCAAAUGAAAAAACAAAAAUAAUCAGCAAUGAACAAGAACAAACACCGAGAAAACCAAUAAUUAUUAAUUCUACAAAUGCGUAUUCAAAAAUUCUUCUCGAACGUUGGACGGAACAAGAUGUUCAAGAAUUUCUUAUGAAUAAAAAUCUCUCUCAAAUGAUGCCACUUUGUAAUGAUAUGGAUGGAUGUGGACUAAUUGAAUUGUAUAAAAUGUGUGAAACAAAUUCUGAUGGAACUUAUCGAUCAUUAAAUACUCAGUUACAUGAAAUGAAUCAAAAAACAUUGCCAAUAACUGUUUAUUCGAGAUUUCUUAGUGAAUUAAAAAAAUAUAUUGUUGUGAAAACAACGCAGAAAAAGUCUUUUAUGUGUACUAUACUCUAA